GGGGAGCAGAGUUGCCAAGGAGGGAUGAGUGAGAUUCUAUUCUUUUCUACACAGUCAAUGUUCUCACAUACAAUGAAUAAGAACAGCAGACUACACACUCAUUCUAUCAUAGGGAAAACAUUUUUCUCUGAAAUUGGCAUUGGGAUCUCAGGCAACAGCUUCCUUCUUCUCUUCCACAUCCUCAAGUUCAUGCGUGGGAACAGGCCCAGACUCACUGACCUGCCCAUUGGUCUCUUAUCCCUAAUCCACCUACUGAUGCUUCUGGUUGCAGCAUUCAUAGCCACAGACAUUUUUAUUUCUUGGAGGGACUGGGAUGACAUCACAUGUAAAUUCCUUGUGUACCUGUACAGAGUUUUGAGGGGUUUCUCCCUUUGUACCACCAGCAUGUUGAGUGUNCUCCAGGCCAUCAUUCUUAGUCCCAGAAGCUCCUGUUUAGCAAAGUUCAAGCAUAUAUCUCCUCAUCACAUCUCAGGUGCCAUUCUUUUCCUGAGUGUCCUCUAUAUGUUAAUUAGCAGUCAACUCUUGGUAUCAAUCAUUGCCACCCCCAAUUUGACCAUGAAUGACUUUAUUUAUGUUACUCAGUCCUGCUCUAUUCUACCCUUGAGUUACCUCAUGCAAAGCAUAUAUUCUACACUGCUAGCCAUCAGGGAAUUCUUUCUUAUUAGUCUCAUGGUCCUCUCUAAUUGGUACAUGGUAGCCCUCUUAUGCAUGCACAGGAAACAGACACAGAAUCUUCAUGGAACCAACCUGUCCCCCAAAAAAUCCCCAGAGCAAAGUGCUACCCAGACCAUCCUGAUGAUCAUGAGCUUCUUUGUACUGAUGACCAUCUAUGAUACCAUAGUCUCCUGCUCAAGAANUAUGUUCCUGAAUGAUCCAACAUCUUACUCUAUGGAACUCUUUAUAAUGCACAUUUAUGCCACUGUCAGCCCUUUUGUGUUUAUGAGCAUUGAAAAACAUAUAGUUAACUUUUUGAGAUCCUUGGGUAAGAGAGUGAUAAAUUUGAAUCUUCAUUGAUGAGAAGAUACUUAAGAAGAGACAAUGUUCUGCCAUCAGAACUGUCAGUCAUGGCAUGCUGUCUAUGUGCAU